AUGCAGCAGCAACAAACAACAGUGCAGCAGCAACAAAACAGCAGUGCAGCAGCAACAAAAAGCAGUGCAGCAGCAACAAACAACAACAAACAGCAGCAACAAACAACAGCAACAAACAGCAGCAACAGGCACCAGUGCAGUAGCACAAACAGCAGUGCAACAGCAACAACAAGUAGACAUCAGUGCACAGCAGCACAAACAGCAAAGCACAACACCAGCAGUGCAGGGUCAGCAAAGCAGACAGCAGCAACCAGCAGACAGCAGAGAGAUACAGUCAGCAAAAAAAGAAUAGCAAAACAAUAA